CAAGUUUAUAUCAAGAUGUUUAAUUUUUUACUAAUAAGAUUUUUAUUGAGAUACAUUAUUAUCGUUCUUAGUGGUGGUUGGGCUAAAUGCAGUUGGGCUCCUCUGUGGAUGUGUGGAACUUCAUUAACUGGAAGUACUGUAGGAAUUUAUGGACUUGGUAGAAUAGGUUUUGGUGUUGCGGAACGUCUUAAAGGUUUCAAAGUUAAGGACAUUAUAUAUGCCGGAAGAAAAGAGAAGCCUGAAGGUAAUUUUCCUUUCGUGUGAGACAGGCAUACUUUU